AUGCUGUCUAUUGCUGCCCGUUCGUCGCGACAAAUUGCUCUUCGUGGAUCUCUACUGCCAUUUCAUGCAAUUGCCUGUCCUGCUCUCACACACCGGCACCUUUCAACAACUACCCCGAUGGCCUUGCGGACGAACCCUUUCUCCGCAUCCGUGACCCCCUCUGACGCCUUCCAGCUCCUUCCCGAGUCGCAAAAGGCCGGCGACGCUGAGAAUAGACUGUACGAUGCACAGGUCAAAGAGGUCGAGGCGUGGUGGGCGUCCCCUCGGUACCGUGGCAUCAAGCGCCCUUACAGCGCCGAGGACGUCGUGUCCAAGCGCGGCACGCAGAGCAUCUCGUACCCGAGCUCUGUUAUGGCCACCAAGCUGUUUAACCUGAUCCAGCAGCGUGAGGCCAAGGGCGAACCUAUCCACACCAUGGGCGCCAUCGACCCCGUGCAGAUGACGCAGCAGGCCCCCCACCAGGAAGUCCUUUACCUCUCGGGCUGGGCAUGCUCAUCUCUGCUGACCACGACCAACGAGGUGUCUCCUGACUUUGGCGACUAUCCCUACAACACGGUGCCCAACCAGGUGCAGCGCAUGGCUAAGGCACAGUCGAUGCACGACCGGAAGCAGUGGGACCUGCGUCGCAAGAUGACACCCGAGGAGCGCAGUAAAACGCCCUACGUUGACUACUUCCGACCUAUCAUUGCCGACGGUGACACUGGCCACGGCGGCCUAUCUGCUGUUCUCAAGCUGGCCAAGCUGUUUGCCGAGAAUGGCGCGGCGGCUGUCCACUUCGAGGACCAGCUUCACGGCGGAAAGAAGUGCGGCCACCUGGCAGGCAAGGUCCUUGUCCCGACAGGCGAGCACAUCAACCGUCUCAACGCCGCGCGCUUCCAGUGGGACGUCAUGGGAUGCGAGAACCUCGUCAUUGCCCGCACCGACUCCGAGUCGGGUCGUCUUAUCUCUUCGGCCAUUGAUGUGCGCGAUCACGAGUUUAUCCUCGGCGUGGCGGACCCCUCUCUCGAGCCCCUUGCCGAGACUAUCCAGGCCAUGGAGGCUAAGGGCGCCACAGGAUAUGAUAUUGACGCCUUCGAGGCCCGGUGGGUUAAGGACUCCCAUCUGGUCACCUUUGAUGAGGCUGCCCUCGAACACAUGCAGAAGGCCAACGUGUCCAAGUCCAAGAUUGACGAAUACGUGGACGCCAUAUCCAAGGACCGCAACAUGGGCAUCAACCGUCGCCGUGCCCUGGCAGACCACUACGCCGGAUCCCCCGUCUACUUCAACUGGGAUGUGCCACGGACGCGCGAGGGCUUCUACCACUUCCGAGCUGGCAUGGAAGCUGCUACAAAACGCGCCCUGGCUUUCGGGCCCUACGCCGACCUUCUCUGGGUGGAGACGGGCGAUCCCAACGUUGAGGUGGCUGCUAAGCUCGGCCGGGCGGUGCGCGAGAUCCUCCCCCACAAAGGACUGGUCUAUAACCUCUCACCGUCAUUUAAUUGGAUGGCCCACGGAUUCACGCAGGAAACGCUCAAGUCGUUCAUAUGGGACAUUGCUCGCGAGGGAUUCGUCCUGCAACUUAUCUCCCUGGCUGGUCUGCACUCGACGGCCACCAUCUCCAACGAGCUGUCUCGGGAGUUCAAGACGGGUGGCAUGAAGGCGUACGUCGACCUCGUGCAGCGCCGCGAGAAGGAGCUUGGAUGUGAUGUACUCACUCACCAGAAGUGGAGCGGUGCUAGCUACAUGGACGGGAUAUUAGGUGCUAUCCAGAGCGGGAGCUCGAGUAGCAAGAGUAUGGGGGAGGGCCACACUGAAGGACAGUUCGACUAG